AUGGACGCCGAGGCCGGCAAUCCGGCGACGCCGCCGUCUGGGUCCGACAGCGGCAGCGGCCGUGGACACUCGUGGGAGUACAGCCUCCGCAAGUACCUCCUGCUGCUGGCCACGCUGGUGGCCACGGUGACCUACACCGCCGGGUUCAACCCUCCAGGCGGCGUCUGGCAGGACGCCGACCCGACCAGCGGCCGCAUCGCCGGGGACCCCAUCAUCCGGGACACCAUGCGCGCACGCUACCUGGUCUUCUUCUACAGCAACGCCACCGCCUUUGCCUCAUCGCUGGUGGUGAUCGUCCUCAUCCUCAUCCUUUCCGUCCUGCACGACAAGCGGAGGAUCCGCCUGCCACCACUGCUCGCCGUCCUCCGGUUCUUCAUGGUGCUAGACCUGCUCAGCCUCAUGGCCGCCUACGCCGCGGGCACGUUCCGAGACGUGCUCACGGCCGUCUACUCCUUGCUCCUGCUGACCGGCGUCGUCGUCUACCUUGUGGUCCACUUGGUGCUCGCCUGGCGGCUUACGAGGAAGGACGGCGUCGCAACCGUCGCAACCGCGCCGGAAGACAGCGCGCUUCUGAGGCUUCGCAAGGUGCUGAUGCUGCUGGCCACGUUCGCGGUGAGCGUCACAUACGUGGCCGGGCUCAGCGCGCCGGGCGACUUCUGGGACAACGAAGAGAAUGGCCAUAAGCCUGGCGACGCGAUUCUCAAGGGAGGACCCCACGACGCGCGCCUCAAAGCCUUCUUCGUAUGCAACACCACGGCGUUCGUCGCGUCCCUGCUCAUCCUCAUCAUGCUACUGCAGAAGAAGCUAUGCUUCAGCAAGAAGGUGCGGUCCUACGAGCUCUACGGCUUCAUCGCCAUCACGCUCCUUGGUCUCGUGGCAGCAUACUCCGCCGGCAGCUGCCGGGAGAUUGACACUACGGUCUAUGUCAACGCCCUUAUCGGUGCUGUUGUUUUGUGCAUUAUUGUUCAAGUGAUUAUUGUGAAAUAUGUCAGCGAGACCUGCUGGUGGGGGCAGUUAAAGGACAUCUAUAGAAGAAUGUCAACAUGGCUGCGAGAAAUAAGAGCAUCUGGUGGUUUGGAGGAACAAACUCAAGGUCCACAACCUAGCCGUGCAAGCGCCAGUGAUCAGCAAGGGAACCUACAAAGUCGUACGCUGGAGAAGGCUCGCUCUCUGGUCCUGUUGCUCGCCACUCUUGCAGCAGCCAUCACCUACCAAGCAGGGCUGGACCCGUCUGGUGGCCUGUGGCAGGACGACGACUCUGAGGCCGGGCACAUAGCCGGUGACCCGAUUCUCUUAACCGCAAAUCCCAGGCGGUACAAAACGUUCUUCUACUGCAACUCAGUCGCCUUCGUGGCCUCCCUGGUGGCCAUCGUCCUCGUCCGGAUGAAGACCCUGCACCAUCACAACGCGCUGGAGGCCGCCAUGGUACUGGACCUGUUUGGCCUCAUCGGAGCGUAUGCCGCUGGAAGCUGCCGGGAUGUGGGCACUUCCAUCUACGCCAUAGCCCUGGCAGGCGUAGUCCUGGUCUACGUGGUGAUCCAUGUCGUCUUCUUAACGUUGGACCACAGUAAUCGUCGGAUUGGGGACGAUGAGGUUGUGGAGAAGAGGCGCAAGCGACUGCUCCUCUUCGCCAUCUUGGCAGCCACUAUCACCUACCAAGCCGGGCUGACUCCACCAAGUGGCUUCCUGCAGAAGGACUACGAGUCUGGGCACCACGCAGGCGACCCAGUCCUGCUCUACAACGACCCACGCCGUUACAAGGCCUUCUUCUACUGCAACUCGGUGAGCUUCAUGCUGUCCAUCGCCCUUAUCAUCCUCCUGGUGAACCCAAACCUGUACAGACCAGCGAUCGGAAGCAAUGCGCUGUCUGUCUGCACGGCGGCAGGCAUGUUUGGUCUCAUAGGUCCCUACGCUGCUGGCAGCACACAGCAUCUGAAGACAUCGAUCUAUAUCUUCGCAUUGGCGCCUUUGGUUCUCUCCUUUGUGAUUGUGCUGGUUGCAGUGUUUGCGAUGAUCUAUAGAAAACAGGAGGACGAAGCUAACAACUGGAACAACGUCAUUACCAACAACAUAGCUGAUGAGUCACCCCAGGAUGGCGUUGCUCACUUCCAAGUUACUGCAGCACAGACCCCUGAGACAAUAGAUGAAGAAAAAUUGUUACACGCCAAGCGCAAGUAUCUGAUGCUCCUAGGGAUCCUGGUGGCGAGCGUCACCUACCAGGCUGGCCUGGAACCACCGGGAGCAGUUUGGCAGGGCGGGCCUGACGCGGGCGACCCAGUGAUGCACGACAACCAGAGGCCCCGGUACCUGGCCUUCUUCUACUGCAACUCCACCUCCUUCGUGGCGUCCAUCGUGGUCAUCAUCCUUCUCCUGCCUGAGUGGCUGCACAAGGAGAAGUGGUGGCUCCGAGUAAUGAACACGACGAUCGUGUUGGACCUGCUCGGCCUCCUGAUCGCCUAUGCUGCCGGCUCCAGCAGGUCGUGGAAGACCACCGGGUAUGUUUCCGCGCUCGUCAUCGCCGUGCUGGCCUAUUCUGCAGUCCAUGUGUUGCUGUCUUGCUUGAGCAGGAGACGUGCAUUUCCAGCAGCCGUCUCUGCAUCUCACUGUAAUGAAGAAGGAAACGGUGCAAGCUGA